GACAAACAAAACAGUUCCCUGGCAGCACAAAAGCAUUGCUUCUACCGCUAAAUCUCAAACGUUCAGAAACUCAUUGCUACACUGUGGAGAUAUUGUUUUGUAUCUAUCAUUUGGAUGUUAUGGAUAAAAACAGUACUUACUCUCUGACCACAUGGCCACCAAAGUUUUGGGAACAGAUAACAAUAGCCUUCACAGUGUCCAUGGUGAUCGGACUGGUGAUUGGAGGGGUCAUCUGGGCCUUGUUCACUUGCUUGUCCCGUCGCAGAGCUAGUGCCCACAUUUCCCAGGGGAGCUCCUCAGCUUUCAGCCGUCGGUCCAGACCUGCCUCUCACAGCCAAACUACUGGCAGGACUGGAUUUUACCGUAACAGCAGCUGUGAACGUCGGAGCAACCUCAGCCUGGCCAGCCUCACCUUCCAGCGGCAAGCCUCCUUGGAGCAAGCCAACUCUUUCCCCAGGAAGUCAAGCUUCCGUGGGUCCACCUUUCACCCUUUUUUGCAGUGCCCUCCCCUCCCUGUGGAGACGAACAGUCAGCUGAUCACCCUCACUCCCACCAACACGACCACAACCUUUGUGGGAAGCACCACCAACAGCUUAAGUCGACCCGAGUUCCACUGGUCUAACAACAGCCUCCGCAUCUGCCACUCCACACAAACCCCUCCUCCUGCCUAUGAAACCAUCAUAAAAGCGUUCCCUGACUCUUGAGCCAGGUCCUUGUUACAAAUGCACAUGGACAUUUUAGGAGGAACCGCGAAUGUCUCAAUUUUCUGUGCAUGCUGAAAAUCACUAAGAAGUCUCCAGCUGCUGUGACACGUUGCAGAGGGGACGUACAUUGCCAGGAGGCGGGUAGUGCUGAUUUUUUAGAGCACUAUGUCCCACUGUCCAAGGAAUCACUUGUCUUUGUGUUGCCUGCUCUGAUUUACUGC